UAAGUAACGGGGUAUUCAAUCGACUAGAGCCCAGCAUCAGAAGGGCGAACCAAAAACAAAAGCCUUGGCUUGUUUUGAAGGGUUUUGCCAUUUGUUCACCGCCGGCAGGAAGAGCGAUGGAGGUGGAGGGGGACGAAUCACAGCAGCACGUUGUACAAGCUCGUCAUAUAAAAAAAAGAGCUCUCAAGAACAAAGCCCUUUCUGUUUCCUUCAGUGAAAAGGAUCUCAGUGAUUUUGUGACUGGCUUUCACAAGAGAAAGAAAAAGAGGAGAAAAGAAGCACAGAAUCAACAACAGGAAGCUCUACGGCGCAAGCGUAUUGAGCUGCGCAAAAAGAGAAAACUAGAAAGGGAGUAUGUUCUAUAUGGUGGAGCUGCACCUAAUCCAGAUGCAGAAUCUAAUGAAAAUGAUGAAGUCAAGGAAGCAGAAGGCAAAGAAGAAGAAGUCGAGGAGGAGGAGGAGCAUCUGACAUCGGUUUCUGGAACACAAGUGUAUGAAACCGGUAGUGUGAAGGUCAUGGUGACAACAAGUGAGAUCUCUCGUGAAGACGACUCCCUGAAUGGAAACCUGAGGGCUGCAGAAAUACCCAAAUUGACCCCAGCAUCCGAAAAGAAGCUCAAUUUGCCUGUGAUCAAGAAGAAGCCAUUCAAGAAAGUUGAGAAAAGAAGAUCGCGACCAAAGACUCAAACCAAAAGAGAUAAAAGGAAGGGCAAGAACAAGAACGAAACAAGGCGCUAGUAAUUUGGAAUACCCUCUUUUCUUUUGCAAAAUUUUGUGAAAAUUGUGUCAUUUGUAGCCCUGUUUCCUGAAAGUGGUUGAAAUACUUUGCCAAGAUGUGGAUUCUUUUGCAAUGGCUUAUGUUAAAUUCAUAGCAACAGAUAACAGAAAGGGACUCCAAUUUUCUUGCAUUUUGUGCAAUAAUAGACAUGUACUUUAUGCAUUAAAGAUUGUGUGGAGUUGUCAUUA